GUUUGUAAUCUACGAGUACAAGCUGUGUAAACAUCUGGCCGGGCCGCGGGCUUUUCCAACAGUUUCCAGGCACAAAAGGAAUUGUAACACCUGAGUUAUUUAAGUGGAAAUGCCUCAUGUUCUCUCAGCGAAGAAAUGAAUGAAAUAAGCGAGUCUGAACGCGGAUUGAAGGCCGUUUUUAAGGUACAAGGGAAGCUGUAUGAUGUCUAUCUUGAUGAAAAUGAAAUCGUGUGGACCUUACAAGGCGAGUUGAGUUCAGCCUCCAGCACACGCAAUUACAACCUUUCCACAAGAUCUGUGAAACUGUCAGAUAUCAUUGGUGCAUGGAUAGCAAAACGACGCAUACCCAGGAAUGAAAGCAAGGAUGGUGAACUUGUUGGAUUUACUAUUUUUACCUUCCAAAAAGCUGAAAACAGGAAGCUGUGUGAAGCAAGGAUAACAUUUGAGAGUGAGGACCAAAAUGUCUGUGACAUGUGGGUUGUUAAGAUUAACGACACUUUAAAGAGUAUUCCUAGCAGACCUCGUAAGCUGAAAGUAGUAAUAAAUCCUAGAAGUAAAAAAGGUGAAGCAAGGCUUGUGUACUUAAAAAAGGUUGCACCUUUAUUUGAGAAGGCUGGCAUCAGGGCAGAUCUCAUGAUGACACAGUGGGCAGGACAUGCUUGGGAGUUCUUCCAAACUGCAGAGCUUUCCACAUAUGAUGGGGUUGUUUGUGUUGGAGGAGAUGGUAUUGUGCAUGAAGUUGUUAAUGGAUUAUUAGAGAAGUCACAUGGAAAUGUUGGAAUUGAUCUGGUUGAUGGAACCUUACCUGAGAAGUUCAGUGCUCUGCCACUCAGCAUGCGAAUUGGAAUCAUUCCUGCAGGUUCAACAGAGGUGGUGGUUUAUUCAGCACAGGGAUCUAAUGAUCCUGUCACGUCUGCUAUACAUAUAAUUUUAGGUCACACAAUAUCACUGGAUAUAUGUUCUCUGUGGAGUGACAACAAACACAUCAGGUUCACAUUUUCACUGGCUUAUGGCUUCCUCGGAGAUGUGUUGAAAACUAGUGAGCAACAUCGUUGGAUGGGUCCCAAACGAUACAAAUGGGGAGCUGUGAGGAGGCUCUGGAAACUCAGAUCAUAUGAUGUUGAGGUGAAGUAUCUUCUAAGUCCUUAUCCAGAACACCAUCCAAGAGAUAACACUCGCUGUAGAAUAGGGUGUGAGGUUUGUAGUAAGGAAGAUGAUCAAGAUUGGGAAAGUGAGCAAAAUCAAGAAUGGAAGUCAUUUCACUCUCGUGUUUAUGGGGUGAACUUUUACACUCUUCCCAAUCUGUGUGAGAUAUCCCCAGAGGGGCCGUCACCCUGCUGUCACUUGGGAGAUGGUUUUACAGACCUUGUUAUUAUUAAAGACUGCUCAAGACUUCAAUUGAAAUCACAUAUUCAGCGAAACUUCAAUUACAAAGACCAGUUUGCAUUUGGCUUCAUUGAAACACACCGUGUCAAAGAAUGUCAUAUUCAUGCUUGUGACAAGAGUGGUGUCCCUGUGAGUGGUACGGAUAGUCUCUUGCAUGGUGGUAGCUAUAGAGGAAGGAGGAAUCCAAAGGAGCAACCAGUUGGUGUAUGGAAUGUAGAUGGUGAAGUGCUCAGGCAGGCAUCUCUAUCACUCAGAGUUCACAGACAAAUUGUAACUAUAUUUGGAAGUGGUAUAGAGGAUGUCUCGCAACAAAAGUGUCGCUUCCUGAAAUGACAAAGCAUUGGUAAAAUUUAAAGGAGCUUAUUUCUAGUAUGUAAUUCUUGUAUCGUUCAUAAUGCAUUUGCAUGUGAUGGAUACAGGAUGAACAUCAAGGUCUACUGGAUAGGGAACAAAAUCCCUCUGAACAAAUGGCUAUCCAGCAGACAUUGCUAUUUGUUUAAACCUCACAUGCAACAUUUGUAAAGUUUAUCCUACUAAGUUGAAAGUUAUGUAAGAUUAAAGCAUUGACAACAUCUUCUGGCCUCUACUAAGUUAAAGGUUAUCUGACAUUAGCCAGAAUUUAGAUUGGAACACCAGACAUUACUUUUCUCAUACCCACGCGAGGAACGUUUCUCAAAAUAUUUAUAUCAGUGUCGGUGUUUUUGAGAAGAUUUUUUCUCCGUUAUCUGUUGGAGUUUUGAUUCUUUUUUAAUAUAAAGUAUAAUUGAACUAUCUCCCUAAAUUUGUAUUAUUUAUGUAUUUAUUUAUUUGUCAAGUGAUUUAAUUAAAUUGCAUUGGCCCCAUAGUGGUGACAAUUGGUGACCAUUUAUCAAAAUUAUCAUUUUCUGAAAAUAAUGUAACGCAAAAUGCCAUUAAGUUUAUUGAGGACUCGUAAUAUGAAGGAAAUAUCGUCCGAAGUAGAUUUUGAUGAAUUUACUACGCGUUUACGAAGUGAACUCCUAUGUACUGUAUUACUGAUCAGCGGUCAGCUAUAGUUGCUGAAAUACUACCGCGUGGUUUAGGUGUCCACUUUGUAAAGUUUCCACUGUAUGAAUUUAGCAAUAAAACGUCGUGAAAAUAA